AUGGGAAACAAACCAUGUCAUGACGAGUUUAAGAGUGUAUUACCGUCAGAAUCACCAGCUAAAGUUCAUGCAUCACGAGUUUCUGACUCGCAAUCAAAUACCGACGUUUGUUGUCGACCAUCAAGCCACUUUCAAACUACAGAGAAACAUCCAACAGCCAAUUCGGUAACUAAAAUCCCGCACAUUUCUUUCAAAACAAUCGUUCCAAGUCAUACGUUGCAGCAGAAUUUCAACGAAAAUUCAAAGAAUGACGAUCCAUUUUUAAUACCUGAAAGUGUGCGAAGAUCUCAGACUUUAAAUGCACAUGUCGAUGUUUGUUCGGAAAUUUUGCCUUCUUUUUUAUAUGUAAGCAACGUUCAUGUAGCACAAGAUAAAACCAAAUUGCGUUCACUUGGUAUCACUCAUAUUCUCAAUUGUUGUGCCGAAUACAAGUGGGAAUUUAAUGACAUUAAAUUGUUUGAAACAUCAGAUGAUGCAGAAUUUCAAAUGCUUGAAUUGUCUUUACGAGAUGAUGCGACGGAAGACUUGACUCCGUUCUUGCCACAAGUUUUAGUGUGGAUUGCUAAUCUUCGACAACAAUUACAGUCUCAAGAGAAAACAUCUCAAAUCAAAAUACUUUUGCAUUGUUAUCAAGGUGUGUCUCGGUCAUGUGCAUUAGCAAUUGCAUACUUGAUGCUGGAGCAACAAAUGACGUAUCAAGAAGCUGCUUCAAUGGUCAAACGUCAGAGAGCAAUAUCAAGUCCAAAUGCAGCAUUUAUUUGUCAAUUACUCGAGUGGGAAAAAGAGCUACAAGCGAUGCGAAUAGGUGGCAUGGAAUUUCAAAUAAAUCGACUCUAUCGUUUGACGCCGCACUCUUUUUACGAUCCAGAAACUCUCGUUCUUAAGCAAUGCUAUACAGCAUCAAUUCAAAACGAACAGAAUCGAGUAAUUGUAAAGACAGUUGAAGAUGAACAACAGUAUUUAUGGUCGUAUGGCACUUUUGUCUAUCAAAAUUGGAACCAGGUGAGAAUAUGGCAUGGAAGUAAGUGUCGAAUUUUUGAAGCUGUGGCGAAAGCUAUUGAACUCGCUCGUCAAUUAUUUCAGAUACUUACUCUAGCACAGUCAUUUGAUACUGCUGUUAAGCCACGUGACAUUAUUGUUCUGACUGAAGGCACUGAUGGUCUCAAAGGUACCGAGAUUGAUCACUUUGGCUAUGCUACUGAGUUGCAGUGGACUCACGAUCUGGAUCCAAAUUGGCCACAAAGAUUCUUCUUACCUACUGACGCGAAGGCUACAACAUCUCGAUUAAGAACAAACCAGACAAAUGUCAUACCAAUCAUUCAAUUGUAUCGCUAUAAAGGGAUUGACGAUCAAAGUAUCGACGUGUGGGAACAAUUAACCAAUUACGAUUCCGAAGAUUUGACAUCAGAUUGUGCCUUUUUACUCAUUUCAACGACGUCAGAAGAUGUUGGAACUAAAUUUGUUUGGAUUGGCAUCAGUUGUUUGUAUUCACAUGAUGAAAUUGUUCAAGCAGCACAGAAACAGCUUCAUUGUCUUGUUCUAGAAAAACAGGAAUCGCUACCAUCGAUUCAACUUGAGUUUCAAAAUAAUGAAAGUGAAACGUUUUGGGAGGUUUUUGAAGCGGGAUAUUAG